AUGCAUAGAACAUAUUCAUUAAGAAACAAGAAGCCUCCUACGGCAGCAGAGUUACAAACUCCCCCUCCACCACAAUCUACCACCAAAUCUAAGUUCUUUGGUAAGAGCUCAUUGGCCUCUACCAUUAGAAAGAACACUGCUGGUCAAUUUGGUCCAUUGUUGUCGAGAAAAUUGUCUGCUUUGAUUAAAACCGAGAAGGGGUACUUGAGGGCGUUGGAGGUUGUUGCCAGCGAACGUCGUGUUGCUGCCAAGCAAUUAUCCUUAUGGGGUUCUGAAAACGAUGAUGAUGUUUCAGAUGUCACUGACAAGUUAGGUGUUUUGGUUUAUGAAUUGGCUGAAUUGCAAGACCAAUUUAUUGAUAAGUAUGACCAGUACAGAAUCACUUUGAAAUCCAUUAGAAACAUCGAAGCUUCCGUUCAGCCAUCAAGAGACCGUAAACAAAAGAUUACGGAUGAAAUUGCUCACUUGAAGUACAAGGAUCCUCAAUCAACUAAGAUUCCUGUUUUGGAACAAGAAUUGGUCCGUGCUGAAGCAGAAUCCUUGGUUGCUGAAGCCCAGCUUUCGAAUAUUACCAGAGAAAGAUUGAAAGCCGCUUUCAACUACCAAUUCGACUCCGUGAGAGAGUUGGCCGAAAAGUUUGCUUUGAUUGCUGGUUAUGGGAAGGCUUUAUUGGAGUUGUUAGAUGAUUCCCCUGUCACCCCAGGUGAAGCUAGAUCUGCUUAUGAUGGCUACGAAGCCUCAAGACAAAUCAUCAUGGACGCUGAAUCAGCUUUAGAAUCAUGGACAUUAGAUGUUGCUGCUAUCAAGCCUACCUUAUCUUUCCACCAAACCGUAGACGACGUUUAUGUCGAUGAAGAUGAGGAAGAAGGUGAACAUGAAGCUGCGGAAGAAGAAUGGGCAGGCGAACACGAAGGAGGCCAGGAAGAACAAACUUUAGAGGGCAACGACCAAAAAUAA